UAUCUGUUCACAUACAGGUGCCGUAUACAGGUUAUACGAAUUCAGUAUGAAAUUAAUGUUUAAGUAUAUAAAUUAACUAAUUAAUAAUAAACAAUAAAAUAGAAAAGAAUUGUGAUAAAUCGCUGAAGUUUAUAAGGAUAUGACUAUUUUAAAUUUACUGUUAUGCUGGAAUGCCUAACAAUAUACUGGUAAAACACAUAUGCACCAUACAGAGUAACAAACGAAAGAGAAUUAUAUUCUAAAUAAAUAUAUGUAUUGUUUAUGGAAGAAGAUUCCGUAUAAAAAGAAAUAACAAUGAAUACGGUAAAAAAUAGUUGUGAGAUUGGAAAUGGUUUGGAUGAUCUUGGUAUACCUGGACAAGGUUUUUUAAGAGAUGCUUUAACAAGUUGUACAGAUCCAUUAAAAGCAAUUGAAGAAUUUCAAUUAGAGAAUGGUAUUUUAUUGCCAUCCUUAAGGCCUAUGUUACCUUUGCUUGAUCUUCAUGGCGUAAGAAGAUUAGAUUUUCAUGCAUCAGUCCUGGAAGAAUUGAGAGAAAAGCUUAUAAAAAGAAUUAAUGAAAUUGGUACAGAAAGAGCAGACAAAGGUUCAGCAGGAGAUAAAAGACUAAAGGAAUUAUUGUCCAAAAGUUUCCCAGCUGUAAGAGUUGCAGCAUUGAGACCUGUUGUUAUGUGUAUUUUAAGAAACACACCACAUAUAGAAGAUAAAUAUUUACGGGUUCUUGUCCGCGAAAAAGAAUUGUAUAAUGAUGCAGAUACAGAAGUUAAAAGGCAAAUUUGGAAAGAUAAUCAAAGCCUAUUUGGAGAUGAAGUUUCUCCAUUAUUUAGCAGAUAUAUUAUUGAAAAAGAACAAAUACUCUUUGAUCAUCGAAAUUUAAAUAGUCUCUUUUUCAUGCCUUCUCCAAAGGUACGAAGACAAGGUGAGGUAGUACAAAAGCUAGCUCAUAUGAUUGGGCAUAGUGUAAAAUUAUAUGAUAUGGUAUUACAGUUCUUAAGGACUCUAUUUUUGCGUACAAAAAAUAUACAUUAUUGUACCUUAAGAGCUGAAUUAUUAAUGGCCUUACAUGAUUUAGAGGUACAGGACAUCAUUUCUGUUGAUCCAUGUCAUAAAUUCACUUGGUGUCUUGAUGCAUGUAUCAGAGAAAAAAAUGUUGAUAUCAAAAGGUCCCGUGAGUUACAAGGUUUUCUAGAUAGUAUAAAGAGAGGACAAGAACAAGUAUUAGGAGAUCUGAGUAUGAUAUUGUGUGAUCCAUAUGCAGUAAACUUUCUUGCUAGUAGUGCAAUAAAAAUUGCACUUCAUUUGAUAAAUGGGGAAGCAUUACCUAGAGAAAACGCAGUUCUUGUACUGUUACUAAGAAUGCUUGCAUUAGGUUUAUCUGCCUGGCAAAUGAUUGAUUCACAAGAUUUCAAGGAGCCAAAAUUAGACAGUCAAGUUGUCACAAAAUUUUUACCUGCACUUAUGUCUUUAAUGGUAGAUGAUCAAAUAAGACAAUUAAAUUGCAAACUUCCGCCGGAUGAGAGAGAGAGUGCAAUUGCUAUCAUAGAACAUUCUGGCCCACCUCCUGAUGCUUGUCAAGCAUAUGCACAACUUUCAGGAGUUGCUGCUGUUUUAUCUAUGUAUUAUGCAUUGCAUGUAGGAGGUGGUGGUGGAGUUGGAAGAGGAAGAGGUGAUGCUAGAGGAUUAAUGAGAGUACUAGCUACUUUACCGAAUUGUCAAGCGCAACGUGCAUUUGAAGAUCCCUUUUUACAUACUUUGGUGUCCCUAUUAAUAUUGAAUAUGGCUGAUGAAUUUUCUAAUGAAUCAUUUUGUACUGUAAUAUUCGAUGAAUUUUUCCUAGCAGGUUUGGGUAGAGAUAAUGUUACACGCCAUUUGUUAAAACUACUUUGGUAUAUUCAUCCAAAAUUACCGCCAACUCGUUUACAUACGUUAAUGAAAGCACUUCAACCAACUAGUCAGCAUAAUGAAGCUGUACAUAAUCUUUAUGAAGCUUUACGUGAUAAAAUUGGAAGCCGUUCUACAGAAGAGCAGUUAACAACAGCAGCUCAGAUGGACACAUUAGGGCUAGAUUGUCCACCUUCUCCUCUUACCGGUGUACCUACACCAGGUUCACUGUAAAAAUUACGUGAUACAAUUGUUUAAAUAUCAAAUGCACUGAAAAAUAUAAUUUACUAAUUUUACUUAUAAA